AUGGGUAACCCCAUGAGCAGCACAGCCUUGCAGAUGACGGCAUUCGGUCUUGCUCUUCUCUCAACCCUCUUCCUGCUCCUUGCCACAUGCACUGACUGCUGGAUGGUGAACGCUGAUGACAGCUUGGAGGUAAGUCACAAAUGCCGGGGGCUUUGGAGGGAGUGUGUCACCAACAUGCAGGAUGGGGUCAGAACCUGUGACCAGUACGACUCCAUUUUGGCAGACCAUCCAGUGAAGAUCGUGGUGACGCGGACCCUGCUGAUCACAGCAGACCUCCUGGCUGGCCUGGCUUUGGCUACGUUGCUCCUUGGGCUCGACUGCAUCAAGUUCCUCCAGGAAGAGCCUCGUGUCAAACUGAAGAUGUGCUACGGGGCCGGUGUCACCCUCAGCAUCGGGAGCAUCCUGGGUCUUGUGGGCUCUGUGUGGUAUGCGGUGGACGUCUACCUGGAGAGAUCCAUGCUGGUGUCGCACAACAUAUUCCUGGGAGUCCACUACGACUUCGGGUGGUCGUGCUGGCUGGGGAUGGCUGGCUCGACAGGCUGCUUCGUGGCAUCCGUCCUGCUGACCUGCUGCCUCUAUGCCUGCGCAGGUCAGCCCCAGCAGCCGCUGGCAACCCCAGAGGCUUCCCCAGCCCCGGGGCCGAACGGCCGGCAAGGCAACCCCAGAGGCUUCCCCCGGGGCCGAACGGCCAUCAGCAAGAUGUAUGCCAUGGACUCCCGCGUGUGA